CUGGAAAAGGCACCCCUUUAAACACAGGGCAAAGCCAUGUUGCAUUUUUAGUUACAGAAAAUGAUCUGAGAAAAGGGAAACUUUAUAGCUGAACACAGAAAUAUAAAAAAAAAGAUCAGAAAGAUCAAGCAACCGCUUGAUGAACAGAUUUCAACAGAUUGCCAUAUUUUUUUGUAAACACUGGAAAGGAAGCAACAAGCAACCAGAGCUGACGCGCGUGAAAACCCGCCCCGACACGCCCGCGCGCAGAAACUCCACUCCAAAUGACUCCUGCGCGGCCACGUAGCGCUCGAACCGACUCCGACUCCGUGCAUCAGUCGGGUUCUGUUUAUAAAAACAAAGUCCAGACGAUCGCAAGAGCGACCCGAUUUUAUUUGUAAAAGGCAACGCUUUUUUUUUUUCUUUUUUUUCCCCGGUGAAGGAUUUGUUACGGCGAUGCAGCAGGAGGAUGCGGGGCCGCGCACAGGCGCAGAGGACUCCGGUUCUCCCGAUCGCGCGGCCAGACAAGCCGUUUCCGUGCUCAUGUCGUUUGGAAAGUGCCUCGGCGCACUGCUGCCUGUUUACCUGGCUGGAUAUUUCGGCUUCAGUCUGACUUUGGUCCUGGUCGGCCUCGCGGUCUACAUGGGAUGGCAGCAGCACCGCGACAGGAAGCUCCACCGGCUGCACAGCGCUCUGUAUUUACAGGAGAACGAGCAGGAUUUCACCACGACACGAGUGUUCAAGACCAAACGCGAAUUGCCGGCAUGGGUGAAUUUCCCAGAUGUGGAGAAGGUUGAAUGGAUUAAUAAGAUCCUGAAGCAAGCCUGGCCUUUUGUCGGCCAAUAUUUAGAGAAGCUUCUGGUGGAGACUAUUGCACCCUCGAUCAGAACCUCCAGCGCUCAUCUUCAAACGUUCAACUUCACCAAAGUGGACCUAGGUGACAAGCCUGUGAAGGUGGUUGGAGUGAAGGCACACACCGAGCAAGACAGACGUCAGGUGAUGCUUGACCUUUAUAUCAGCUAUGCUGGCAAUGUGGAGAUCAAUGUAGAGGUGAAGAAGUACUUCUGCAAAGCUGGAGUGAAAGGAAUUCAGCUGCAUGGAAAGCUGAGGGUGAUCCUGGAGCCGUUGAUUGGAGAUAUUCCCCUUGUUGGGGCUGUCACGUUGUUCUUUAUUCGGAGACCUAUGCUGGAUAUCAACUGGACAGGACUCACCAACUUAUUAGACAUUCCAGGACUGAAUGCCAUGUCGGACACUAUGGUAAUGGACGCUAUCGCCUCUUUCCUGGUGCUACCCAACCGCCUCACUAUCCCUUUGGUGGCUGAUUUGCACGUAGCGCAGCUCCGCUCCCCUCUGCCACGGGGCAUUGUACGGAUCCACUUACUGGAAGCCGAGAACCUGGUCGCCAAGGACAACUUCAUGAAGGGCGUGAUCACUGGCAAGUCGGACCCGUACGCUGUGGUGAGGGUGGGCACGCAGACUUUCACAUCGCGCCAUGUGGACAACAAUCUCAACCCACAGUGGAGGGAAAUGUAUGAGGUGAUAGUUCAUGAGGUCCCAGGCCAAGAACUGGAAGUGGAGGUAUUUGAUAAAGACCCUGAUCAGGAUGAUUUCCUAGGACGGAUCAAGAUGGACUUGGGUAUUGUAAAGAAAGCACGUGUUCUGGAUGAGUGGUUCACUCUGCAAGAUGCACCAACUGGAAAGGUUCAUCUUAAGCUUGAAUGGCUUUCACUGCUGCCCUCUGCAGAGCGCCUUACUGAGGUCCUCCAGAAGAACCAAAACAUCACCAGGUUUGGUAAGACUGCUGAUCCUGCCUCUGCAGCCAUCUUGACCGUAUACCUAGAUCGGGCCCAGGAUCUUCCUAUGAAGAAGGGCAAUAAGUAUCCUAGUCCUUUGGUACAGCUUUCUGUGCAGGAUACUACCAAAGAGAGCAGGACUACUUAUGGAACCAUUAACCCAACGUGGGAGGAAGCCUUUACCUUUUUCAUCCACGACCCACGCAAGCAGGACCUUGACAUUCAGGUAAAAGAUGAUGACAGAUCUCUGUCUCUGGGCAAUCUAUCCAUUCCUCUGUCUCGCCUGCUUUCUGUUUCCGAACUCAGUAUGGACCAGUGGUUCCAGCUGGAGAACUCGGGCCCUGCGAGUCGCAUCUACAUGAAUGUCAUACUGAGGGUACUCUGGGUUAAUGAAGAUGCCAUUUCCACCUCACCUGUAUCCCCAAUUAUUACCGACCCAUUCUUUGGAGGAGGUGAGGAAGGGACCUCAGACGUGACAUCAGGAGGAAACAAGACAUUACCCCCACGUCCACAGCACACCAGCUCAGAUGCCAGUUUUGCCUCAGAGGGUGUUUUGAGGAUCCACCUGAAGGAGGCACAGGCUCUCAUAGCUAAAGAUAGCUUUAUGGGCGGCAUGGUGAAGGGCAAAAGUGAUCCCUACGUGAAGAUCCGUGUGGGAGGGACGACCUUUAAGAGCCGCGUCAUAAAGGAGAACCUCAACCCAGUGUGGAAUGAGCUUUACGAGGUGAUUCUCACGGCACUUCCCGGCCAAGAAGUGCACUUUGAUUUGUUCGACAAAGACAUGGAUCAGGACGACUUCCUCGGCAGAUUUAAGCUGAGCCUAAGUGACCUCAUUAGCACCCAGUUUACUGAUCAGUGGUUCGACUUAAAUGAUGUGAAAUCAGGACGGGUUCAUCUGACGUUGGAAUGGGUGCCAAGAGUUUCAGACCCGACCAGACUCGACCAGAUUUUGCACUACCAGUCUCAGCAGACGUACACGAAUAAAGCAGUGCCGGCUGCAGCCCUCCUCUUCAUAUAUGUGGAGCGAGCCCAUGGUCUGCCUUUAAAGAAGAAUGGACAUGAACCUGUGGUGGGAGCUGAGCUGGUCCUCAAGAACACUGCUUUCAGGAGUAAACUUUCUGAGCGCUCUACAUCUCCACGCUGGGAUGAAGCCUUUAGCUUUCUGGUCCACAAUCCCAGAGAGGAAAUGCUUUCUGUUAAACUGUCUCACAGCUGGGGCCAGUCUCUGGGUGCGUUGGUGCUGCCUGUAAAAGACAUACUGAAGGAGCCGACCUUGGUUCUGGAUCGGUGGUUUCCUAUGGAUGGGGCCCUGCCUGAAAGUGAAAUAUUGUUAAGGGCAGAGCUCAAGAUGCUUCACUCUAAGUUGGUGGAGGGUGCUGAUACUACUAGAGGCAUUGAAGAGGUGGAGCAUGGAAUUACCAAUGCUGAGACAGAAGUUGCAGCAAACCAGCAGCUCAGACUCAGGACAGCGCCCUCCCAUGGAGACAAAGAUGCUGAAGCUAGUGGGCGGAGCCAGGUGAAACUUACUAUUGCUUACUCAACUGAAGAGGACAGACUGGCCAUCACUAUUCAUGGCUGCAGAAAGUUGCCUUCAUGCUCCAAGGAUGGCUCAGAUCCCUAUGUGUCCUUCAUCCUCCUGCCUGACAAGAACAGAAGCACCAAAAGAAAGACUUGUGUAAAAAAGCGGGACCUCAAUCCUGAGUUUAAUGAGAGGUUUGAUUUCAACUUUUCCCUGGAGGAUGCCAUGCAAAAAAGGCUUGACUUGUCGGUCAAAAACAGUGGUUCUUUCAUGAGCCGUGAGAAAGAGACCAUCGGCAGGUUGCAGUUAGAUCUGAACCAGAUUGACUUGAACACCUGGCUGCCUCAGUGGUACGAUUUAUCAGAAGAGACCAAUUAACCAGGCCUUUGUAUGCUUACGUGACCAUGCCUUCGCACCUGCAUCCGCAUGCUGCUAAUGUUAAUUUCCCUGUAUAGCACAGUGCAGUUGGGCAGAAGAACAAGAAAAUGUUAAUGUUAUGUUGUGCUACGUUAUUUGCGGUGUUACGGUCUGUACUUGCUGUCGUUUUUCAGGAAUACCCACAGCAUUUUUGGAUGGGUUUAUAACCUCGUCAGUGCACGCCAGCCGAAUACAUACGUGCCAUUCUUUUGCCAGUUUGUUGCCAGUUUGUUUAAAGUUUAAAGUAUGAACGAGCCUUGAUAGAAAUGGAAAAUGCUUAAUUACGCCAGGUGAAAUGGACCGAAACUCUGUUUCUUUAUGGUGGUCUUAAACAAAGAGGUUUGUUUUUUUAGCAUCAAAGACACAUUCUCUACAUGUUCGUUUUCAUAUUUUAGCAAAUCUCUUGGGAUUUGUUGUGUAGAAUGGCCUGCAUUUUAACUUAAAAAUAUUUGUAAAGCUUUAUUCCUCAAAGGAAAAAAAAAACGGGUAAAAGUGUAGUUGUUUGAAGAAAAGAACAAUUUCUGUUUUAGAAAGAGUCUCAUUACUGUUACUGUACUCCGAAGAAGUGUUGGAUAUUAAUACUUUUCAAAUGCACACUCAGAAACAAUACAGAGUGUCUGGAAAGUCUCCAUACUGUAAAUGGGGGGGAAAUGAAAACUGUUCAGUGAAAUAUAACUAUAUGCACAAACACUCUCUUAUAUAUUAUAUACUAUAUACCAAAAUAGUGUGGUAUGUGCUUUUGGAGCAUCACAUUCCACAUUUAGGCUCAAUUUGCUCUUAUAAUUCUCUCCUCUUCUGGGAAGAUGUUGAACUAGAUUUUGGACUGUGCUUGUGGAGAUUUGUGCUCAUUCAGAUACAAAGUCGGGUA